AUGGAGCGCAUAGCUGAAGAUCCUGAUGAGGUCUCGGACGAUGAGGAUGAUGACCCACUCUGCCCGACGAUCCACUUAACGAGAGCGGAGGUGGAAGCGAUCCGGGCACCUUGGCGGAAAGCCCUUAUCAUCAAGGUGAUGGGCCGACGAGUGGGAUACGCUUACCUGUUAAGGCACCUCACGACCAUGUGGAAGCCGAAAGGAAGGAUGGAGCUAAUUGCUAUCGAUAAUGACUACUUCCUCGUACGCUUUGGAUCGGUGGAGGAUUUGGAGUUCGCUAUGUUUGAAGGCCCGUGGAUGAUUCUGGACCACUACCUGAUUGUAAAGCCUUGGGUGCCCGAUUUCGAUCCUCUUUCAGACACCACAGAGAAGAUGCUUGUUUGGGCCAGAAUUCCAUGCUUACCGGCUGAGUACUACAACUACAUCUUCCUUCGGAAGCUAGGGAACAAAGUGGGCAGAACUAUCCGCGUGGAUCAGGCCACCAGCAUGGUAUCAAAAGGGAGAUUCGCAAGGAUCUGCGUGGAAGUGGACAUUACAAACCCACUAAUAUCGAAGUUCAACUACGAAGGCAAAGUGCGAUCAGUGGCCUAUGAAGGUGUCCAUAUGAUCUGCUUCACCUGCGGGAUAUAUAGCCACGUAGCUGAAGCUUGUCCGUCACUGGUCAGAGCAGGGUCUACACCGAAGGAGGUCCGGGAGGGAAUAGGGCGUGAUCAACACACCACGGCGGAAUAG